AUGCCCCGUUCACCUUCGCCACGCCGUUCCCGCUCCCGUUCCCCUCCACCCCGUCAUCACCCAAAGAAACCCAAGGAACUCUCAUUCUACAAAAAAUCAUCUUCGUCCGUCGGUUCCUUCUCCCAACGUAGAGAUCCACUGGAUGACGAACCUACCGCCCGAGAGCGUGCGGAAAGGAGGGAGAGGGGUGAAGUGCCUCAGAGGUUCGGUGGAACGAGAGAACAGGGCGUGAGGAAUUCGAUGGGUAAUGUGUCGGGAGGUGUACAAAAGAGCAUGGGUAGUUUGGGCAGGAAAGAGGCUCCAUUGGAUAGGAAGGGAGUGAAAGGUGAUAAUAGAAGAGAUAGAGAUAGGUAUAGGGAUAGAAGGGAUGAUAGGGGUGAUUAUCGGAGAGAUGAUAGGGAUAUGGAUAGGAGGGAUAGACACAGAGAUGAUGAUAGGAGGUAUAGGGAUAGAGAUAGAGAAGACAGAAGGGAUAGGGAUGGACAUAGAGAUGGAAGAAGAGACAGAGAGCAGCGAAGAGAACCUCCCUCUGGACCUUCAGGCGGACCUCCUGCUAGACCUCCUGCAGCUGCACCUUCAGCACCAUCAGCUGCAUCGAUGCGUUUUAUAGAAGUGAUAGCAAACGACCGAAUGGGACGUAAAGUACGAGUAAAAUGCCUUCCUACAGAUACUGUGGGAGAUCUCAAAAAACUCAUCGCUGCUCAGACGGGUACGACAGCACAGAAAAUUCAAUUGAAGAAGUGGUAUACGAAUUUCAAGGAUCACGUUUCUUUACAGGAUUAUGAAAUAAAUGAUGGGAUGAGUUUGGAGAUGUAUUAA